AUGGGCGAUCACAUGCAACAGACACAUUCGUCUCCUUUCAACUUUUCAAGUUUACUCAACCCCGAUAAGGCCGACACCAUGAUUUCCGGUGACGCCAUGGAAACCACUCGUCUGGGCCAGCUCAACGAGCUCAAGCCCAAAGGUCCUCUUCCCGGCCAGACCGUCGAGAACCCCAACGAGCUGCCUCGUCCCUACAAGUGCCCCUUGUGCGAUAAGGCCUUCCACCGCCUCGAGCACCAGACGAGACACAUCCGCACCCACACCGGCGAGAAGCCUCACGCCUGCCAGUACCCUGGCUGCAGCAAGAAGUUCUCCCGCUCUGACGAGCUCACCCGUCACUCGAGGAUACACAGCAACCCCAACUCCAGGAGAGGCAAGAACCAGUACAACUCGGGUCCUCAGUCUCACAUGCCCCAGGACGGCAUGAUGGCUCCUCCCCCGGCUCCCAAGACGAUUCGAUCCGCUCCCACGUCGAGUCUCUCCUCGCCCAACGUCUCUCCGCCGCACUCCUACUCCCAAUAUGUCUUGCCCGCGCACAACCUCGGCAGCCCCUACAGCCGCCAGCCCCAGGGCAACAACAACAUGAUGGAUAUCUCCAUCCUCGCAAAGGCCGCCAACCAGGUCGAGCGCGAGACCCUCACCGCGCCUCCUUUCCACGGUCCCGCCGCCAGACAUCACCCUUACUACUCCCACAGCCUGCACAACUCGCGAGGCCACCUCCCUUCUCUGGCCUCUUACCACAUGUCGAGAUCUACCUCCAACGACGAGCACGACGACCACUACCAGAACGGUGGUCGUCACGCAAAGCGCUCUCGCCCCAACUCGCCCAACUCCACGGCUCCCUCUUCUCCCACCUUCUCCCACGACUCAUUGUCGCCUACCCCGGACCACACCCCCAUCGCUACUCCCGCUCACUCCCCGAGGCUUCGACCCAUGGGCUACGAGUUGCCUUCUCUCCGCAACCUCUCUCUGCAGCACGCUGCUCCUCCUGCCCUGGCUCCUCUCGAGCCUCAUCUGGAGACCCCGUACCUGCCUCCUCCUCCCGCGCCUACCAGCGCCGCCACUCCUCGCCCCAACGGCGCUUCCCUGACGGAUAUCAUCAGCCGCCCGGACGCCAGCAGGAAACUGCCUGUCCCCAAGAUUGGCGUCCACCAACUCCUCGACGGCAACGACGGUUUCCAGAGCGGAAGGAGUUCAACCACCGGCAGCAUUGCCGGCGGCGACCUCGCGGACCGGAUGUAA